GGACGGAAGCAAGCGAGGAAGGGAGGAAGGAGGGAAGCAAGGGAGCAGCGAAUGGAAAGGAGAACAAGGACGAAGAAGGAAGAGAGAGAGAGAGGGGGUGGCGAGGGGGGAAAGGGGGAGAGAGAGUGGUGUGUGCGAGGGUGAACGCGCAGAGAGAGAGGGAGAGGGAGAGGGAGAGAGGAGUAACUUCUGUGCAUAUGUCAAGUUUUUUAGACUUGUUUUUCUUUUUUUUUCCGUAUCGUUUGAGGCGAGUCUGCAGAGUCUGACUUCACAGUCGUGGGUAAUUGCAUACCACGGCGUAUGCCCUGGUGCCCUUGGCCGCAAUUGGGAAAUCAAAUGGUGGUUUGAGUGUGCUUCUUGUGCACGGCGUCGGAUGCAAUUUUAUGACAAGGGCGUGGCACGUCAAUUGCACACGCCUGGGCUGAGAAUUUCCCCUCAUUUUGCUUACGGAGCUCCGGAACAUCUCAAGUUGUAAUUCGUUCUUCAUACAUCAUCACCCCCAGCUCCUCCUCGCUUUCUCUUGUUCAGCGUGUCUCGGUCCCUUACCCUCUCCGGCAUUGCAUGGUUUCUCCUGUGCACGGGCGUCGGUCGUUCAUCGGUUUUCUUUACUGCAGGGGCGAGAUGCAGCCGACUGGCCAUGAUCGUUUCACUUCUUUGAGCCGGAGUUGUUUGUGCGACAUGAUGUCGAUUCACCCGCAACACAACAGAGGUUUAGCCACGCGUGUGUGAAGUGGGGUUCUCUGGGCGCGACGGUACCGGUGGCUGAGGAUCGCAAACUCCAAACACGGCUGUUAUAUUUCUCAGACUAUUGGAUGCCAGGAGCAGACGUGAAACGCGUUCCGAAGAGGAGAGAGAGUCAUGUAUGAAAGUGACCUGCGAUGGACUCCGCAGCUUACUUACGCAUUCGUGCUUUGGCGCCCCCCGGACACUUCUCAGUUCACUUUCGUCGCCAUUGCAUGUUCGCGCUCUGAACUCCGGUUUCAGUCCUUGUAGGCUUCACUGUAAGAUGAAAUUCGAUACGAGUGGAAGCUCUGGGUUUGCAGGGCACCUCAAUGAAUCCUUGACCAAAGGAAGAUUUCUGGAGUAUUGAAGAAGGAAUGUUGGGUAAGAGGCAAUAUGGCUUUGGGAGAUGCAGUUUUGUUUAGACAGAGGUCCAUGGAAGGUAUGGCGGGUGGUCAAUUAGGAGCUCAACUUUCCUUGUCCUCAGUACCACACAACAUGGACGAGCUUGUGCAAAGAACUAGAGUUCAUGCGGAUGAAGCAGAGGAACCAGCACCACAGCAGGAUGGGGAGACUGUCGCGUAUUUGCCACCCAAUCUCUAUCUUUGUGACUUGCGCCAUGAUGCGGGUGAAACUUCCACCUCGUUAGGACCUGCGGAGAGCGGUCUUGUGUCGAAGUGGAGAAUGAAAGACAGAAUGAAAACAGGGUGCGUGGCACUGGUGUUGUGCCUGAAUAUCGGGGUCGACCCUCCCGACGUUAUCAAAAUUUCUCCAUGUGCAAGAAUGGAGUGCUGGAUCGAUCCGUCCUCCAUGCUUCCGUUAAAGGCGAUUGAUGCCAUUGGGAAGAACUUGCAAGUACAGUAUGAACGAUGGCAGCCUAGGGCGAGGUACAGAGUGCAGCUGGACCCUACCGUAGAAGAGGUGAAAAAAAUAUGUACUACCAGCCGCAAAAGCGCAAAAAAUGAAAGAGUCUUGUUUCACUACAAUGGACACGGCGUUCCCAGACCUACUGUGAAUGGGGAGAUUUGGCUGUUUAAUAAGAGUUACACGCAGUACAUUCCACUCUCAGUAUACGAACUUGAGUCAUGGUUGGGAACGCCAUCAAUCUAUGUUUUUGACUGCUCAGCCGCAGGCAUGAUUGUCAACGCGUUUUGCGAUAGGCCAGAUUACGGUGGUGGCAACCCCUCACCUCAUCCCGCUCCUGCUAUGAAGGAUUGUAUACUACUGGCAGCAUGCGGUGCCCAUGAAAUCCUACCGCAAAAUGCAGAGCUUCCAGCGGAUGUGUUCACCUCAUGCCUAACAACUCCCAUCAAGAUAGCGCUGAGAUGGUUUUGCCCUCGUUCGUUACUGAAGGAUACAUUGGAUCCUGACCUUAUAGAUCGAAUUCCUGGCCGGCAAAAUGACCGGAAAACGCCACUUGGGGAACUAAAUUGGAUUUUCACUGCUAUCACUGAUACGAUUGCCUGGAAUGUACUUCCCCGUGAUCUCUUCCAAAGGUUAUUCAGGCAGGAUCUACUUGUGGCAAGUUUGUUCAGAAAUUUCUUGUUGGCAGAGCGAAUUAUGAGGGCAGCAAACUGUUCUCCACAGUCUUAUCCAGCCUUACCGCCUACGCAUCAGCAUCCUAUGUGGCAUGCAUGGGACAUGGCAGCAGAGAUCUGCUUGUCGCAGUUACCAGCUCUACUGAGUGAUUCGAAUUUAGAAUUUCAGCCAAGUCCUUUUUUCACUGAGCAGCUCACUGCAUUUGAAGUUUGGCUUGAACAUGGCAGUAGCCGGAAAAACCCACCUGAACAGCUUCCAAUUGUUCUUCAGGUUUUGCUAAGUCAAUCUCAUCGAUUUCGGGCUUUAGUACUUCUGGGUAGAUUUUUGGACAUGGGCGCGUGGGCUGUGGAUCUGGCUCUUUCUGUGGGAAUCUUUCCUUAUGUACUCAAACUAUUGCAAACCACCGCUACGGAAUUGCGUCAAAUCCUUGUUUUCAUAUGGACAAAGAUCCUUGCUCUUGACAAGUCAUGCCAGGUCGAUCUUGUGAAAGAUGGAGGGCACCAGUACUUUAUCAAGUUCCUGGAUAGUGACGACGUCUGCGCGGAGCAAAGGGCUAUGGCUGCAUUUGUUCUAGCUGUUAUUGCUGACGGUCAUCCAAGGGGUCAAUCAGCCUGCAUACAAGCAGGGUUGAUAAAUAUUUGCCUGGUGCACAUCCAAACAGUUCCGGGCGCUGAAUCACAGCCGGAGCCACUUCUUCUGCAGUGGCUAUGUCUAUGCCUUGGGAAACUCUGGGAUGGUGCCCCAGAAGGCCAAGCUGCCUACAGAGAUAAUGCUCGAACAACACUCACUUCCCUUUUAUCAGAACUGAACCCGGAGGUUCGUGCGUCUGCAACGUACGCCUUGGGGACAUUGGUGAAGGCACACAGUGAGUCUACUAUUCCAACUGAAACCUCGUCCGUGGAAGACGAAGAAGAUGAGGAGGCGCUUACGUCUGAGCGCGAAAUAGCCCGAAGCUUACUGAAGGUUAUCAAUGACGGAAGUCCUCUCGUAAGGACUGAGCUCGCCAUAGCUCUUGCACGGUUGGCUAUUGCUCACAACAGACUUUUCCGGGCUGCUGCCUCAGCUUAUUUGAAGCCUCCCAGCAGUAUGUUGUCACCGACGUUUGCGGCGAGUAGGAAUGCUAGCUAUGGUUAUACGCAACAAUUAGCCUUUGCUGGAUCAAGUAUGAUGGACCAAAGUGCGGGACUGAGAGUUGGACUCGAGGGAACUACUCCUCCUCGCCCGUUAAGACCCGUUAUGAGCAGUGGCUCCCUACCGUCGUCGGGAAAUCUUCAUGGAUCUCCAUCGGAGCUGGGUUACACUGAAGAAGCAAGAUCACUAGGCAAUGGUCCAGCUUCCAACGGAGUUUCCAGAAGCUGGAGAUUAAGGGGUGAAGAGAGUGGCAUCUAUGUACAGUGUGUUGCAGCAGUGUAUGCUUUGGCCAGAGACCCAUCGCCUCGAGUUGCCAGCAUUGGGCGACAAAUUUUACGGUCUGUAGGUGUAGAAGUCGUGGUGAAGCCUGUGAGGACGAACAGCGGACCAGGCCACACGCGGAAUGCGUCAGUCCCUGCACUACCUCCUACACCGUUGCCAAGUGGACUAGUACGCUCUACUUCAUGGGUUGCUUCCACUUCAGGGAAUCUUGCGAGCACAUUCAGAACACCGCCCCCAAGUCCUCCAUCAAGACCGAAUUUCCUGACUAGCCCGAUGGGAAUACGAAGAGUUUCAUCAAUGGAACAGUUCUCCUCUACAGCAUCUACUCCUCGGGAUAUGGGAAGAAUACCAAUACGGAUAUCUGGAGAAAUAGGGAUUGCAACUACGUCUCCUGUUCCUAGAUCAGUCAGUGCAACUGGUCUAGCGGAUGGAAGUGGAGUUCCGGUUGGCCCAGCCUCACUGAGCAUGGAAUCCACUGUCCCUACAUCGACUUUGUACAGUUGGAGUUGUGGGCACUUCUCAAGACCGCUUCUUGAGCCCACCCACGAAGAUGAGGAUGAGGUGCUAGCUAGAAGGGAGGAAAGAGAAAGAGUGGCUCUCGAUGGCAUGUCCAAGUGCCAACAUUCGAGUGUCAGUAAGGUCAGCGACCCAAUUUCAAGCUGGGUCACGCUUUCAGAAAUGGGGACCAAGGCUGUGUUGUUGCAUCCAUUUUCUCCACUCGUUUGCUGUGCGGAUGAGAAGGAGACUAUCAGGAUAUAUAACUACGAGGAAGAACAACUGGUCAAUACUUUUGACAACCACAAUGCUCCAGACAAAGGGGUAUCCAAGUUAUGUUUGCUGAAUGAGCUGGACGACAGUUUACUGCUGGUGGCUUCAAGUGAUGGGAGUGUAAGAGUGUGGAAAGAUUACACUCAAAAAGACAAUCAGCGCCUUGCCACCGCAUUCCAAACAAUUCAAGGACACAAACCCGGUUCCAGGGGAAUCAGUGCUGUUGUAGACUGGCAGCAGUACACGGGUCUCUUGUACGCAUCUGGCGAAAUCUCAUCCAUCACCGUGUGGAACUUGGAUACCGAGCUUUGUUUUGCAACCAUACCUUCUCAGUCGGACAGCUGCACAUCAGCCAUGUCGGCGUCUCAAGUACACACUGGGCAAUUAGCAACGGGAUGUGGAGACGGUUUUGUCAGAGUUUAUGAUAUCAGAACCCGUGGAAUGCUUGUUUGCGCCAUGAAAGCACACUCGAAUAGGGUUAUGGGUAUUGACUUUCAACCAGGAAUGGAUCUCACAAAGAUGGUGUCUGCUUCCCAAUCGGGAGAUAUUAAAUUUCUGGAUAUCAGAAAUAAUGCCAGCCCAUACUUGAGUAUCGACGCCCACAAAGGUCAUCUAACAUCUCUAGCCGUCCAUAGACAUGCUCCAGUGAUUGCCAGCGGGUCAUCAAAAUCGUUCAUCAAGGUCUUCAGUACGAGUGGCGAGCAGCUGAGCAUGGUGCGCUACCACAAUAGUUUCUUAGGUCACAGAAUAGGACCUGUUAGUUGCCUACAUUUCCAUCCAUACAGUGUGCUUCUGGCCGCAGGCGCGACAGACUCAAUUGUCUCAAUUUAUGCCGGUGAGAUGCACUCCAGAUAAGGCAGGUUUUCUCCUUUCCUCAUGCUUAUAAUGCCUUCGCAAAUAGCAGUAGGUCUGGAGAGCAGGUUCCAUACUUGUAAUUGUGUCGGACUUAGCUUAGUGUGUGAAAUCCAAAAAUUCUUUACAAUAAUGAGUAGAAUGAAAAGGUGAUUUCUCAUAGCGGGGUACUUUACAAUGAGAAUCACUUCGAAAUUGAGUGACCAUCAUUGUAUCACUAUCCGCUGAGGAAGAUGCUCUUGAUGGAGGUGUCAAAAAUGUAUGUAUUUAUAUACUUUUGAUUGGGUCGGGUCUAUUGUACAGAAUUGUGGACCAUCACCUCUAUGAUGGGGCUGAAUGUUAUGUGGAUAUUUCAAACUGUCAUCCUUUGUAAAUUGCCUGUGUACUGGGCACUCAAUGAAGUCAAUUUUU